AUGUCUGAAGAAAUAUCAAUGGACCAACAGCAACAGCCACAACAGAUACAAGAACAGCAACCGGUUGCCACUGAACAAAUUGCAAGCUUUGUUCCAAGUGUUUCUACGCUGCAAGUAUCACAAGCUGAAACUGAUGCAAUUAAAACUAGAAUGGAAGAGAUGGAAAGAGAAGCCACGAAAUUAAGAGAACUUCAUUCUAAAAUGACUGAAGAAACUGAAGCAGCAUCUGAAGAGGAAAAGAGAGAUAUUGAUUCUAGAUCCAUAUACAUCGGGAAUGUAGACUAUGGUGCCACUCCACAGGAACUCCAACAACUUUUUUCAGCCAGUGGGGUUGUUAAUAGAGUAACUAUCAUGACUAAUAAGUUCACACAACAACCAAAGGGGUUUGCAUACUUGGAGUUUGCCGAUGUGGAUGCCGUUAACAAAGCUGUGGCCACCCAAGAUGGUGCUUCAUUCAGAGAAAGAGAAUUGAAAGUGAGUGCCAAGAGAACCAAUGUUCCUGGUCUUAGUUCUACCAACAGAGGAAGAGGUAGAGGACGUGGUGGAUUCAGAGGUAGAGGAGGCUUUAGAGGAGGAAGAGGUGCUAGAGGUAGAGGUGCUUUUAGAGGGGGUUCGAGAUUUGCUCCAUAUUAA